GUGGCAAAAGAAGAGGCCAGGCCCGUAACCACCGGAGGAUAUCGGCAAACCCGAACCGGAGGGGACAAAGGAAGAUAUUUGGAGGGGCGGACGUCGACAUGAGCUGAACUCAUGGUGCAACGCUUCAAGCGUACUCACUCACGCAAACCUCACGCUCUCCUCUCUCUUUAUAUUCCUCCUCUUCCUCCUCCAGUUUUCUCUGCAAUUCCAACCCACGAUUUCCCCUCUCAAUCCCUGAGGAUUUGAUCUAUGGCGCUGUGUGGAUUCUCCCUUGCUCUGAACCCGGAGAGUGUUGACGUAAUGCAUUUUAAUGGGAAUUUGUUGACAAGACUGAUUAGACCAAGGUGUGUGCAAUUGAGUGGGAAGCCCCGUUCUUCUGUAGGGAGUCGGUUCCUAGAUGUGCGGUGUUCAUUGUCAAGAGAAGCUGUUUCCCCAAUGGAAUCAGAAGAGAAUGCUUCAGCUUCUACAUCAAUAUGUGCAGAAGAAGAAUCAGGGCAUGUUACUAGGUUCAAGAUGACAGAUUUUAAGGUUCUUGAUUGUGUUAGCAUUGGUCUUGGUGGCCGGGCAGACGAGGUAGUUUUUGAAGCCAUCAUGAAGGAUUCCAGCAGUCCAUUGUAUAACACAAAAGUUGUGCUUAGACAACUUACUACUGCUCAAGCUCAACGCAGGGGAAGACGAGCUAUAGAGGUAUUGAAAAAGCUUGUUCGUCGCAGAAUCUUGUACCAUUCUUAUUCAAUGCAAGUCUAUGGCUAUAUCUCAUCACAUACGACUGGCAAUCAUAGCUCGUUCACCCUUGUUCAUGGGUAUCAUGGUAGCUUUUCGUUAAGACAUUGGCUUCAACAGUCAGACUGGCUCCCAACAUUAGAAGCUACUCUUGCACUGGAUGAAGAGUCUGUUAGGAAGGUGGGAGAUGACACAAUUGGAGGACCUGAGGUUUCUAGACAGUUGCGGCUUAUUCGAAUAUUGAUGAGGGACCUCUUAAUUGGAGUUAAUUAUUUGCACAGCCAUGGGCUUGCUCAUACAGAGUUGAGGCUGGAAAAUGUACAUAUAAGUCCAGUGGACAGACAUAUCAAAGUAGGAAUACUUGGAAACGCCGCUGACUUCUACGAGGAUGGUCCUGGUGGAAGUGCACUGGACAGCAACAUGGAUAGGCGGAAAAUGAUGAUUGCAUUUGACAUGAGAUGUGUUGGAUUCAUGAUGGCAAAGAUGGUUUUGAGAGAACUUAUGGAACCCUCAACCUUUGCAAAGUUUAAAUCUUUUCUUACCAAGGGAAAUGAUCCUUCAUGCUUGCGUGAAUUUCUCCUGCAAAUCAUGAAUAAGAAUUCUCCAUCAGGAAAUCUAGGAUUCCAAAUACUUGAUAGAAAUUGGGGAGCAGGUUGGAACCUUCUAUCCUUGUUGCUUGCGACCAGACCUUCUAAAAGAAUAAGUUGUUUAGAUGCCCUCAGGCACCCUUUUUUAUGUGGACCAAGGUGGCGGGUGGUCCCUUCCAUGGACAUAAUUAGAUGGGGUCUUGGGUCAACUGCAGUGCGAAUUACGGAGGAGUAUAUAUACCGCCAGCCUCAGCGUGAUAGGCUUUCUCACUUUAUUGAAUUAAUGGAGAUGCUGAAUCCUCAUUCCAGGCCCAAGAAUUGGCUGGAGUUGCUUCCGGGAAACUGGCGUCUAUUGUACUCUACUGGGAGGCACAUAGGAUUGACCCUUCGCCAGCCUCCAGUCCGUGUCCUCAUUGGCAAUGCACACCUAACCAUCACAAAAGCAUCAAAUGUGGACACCAGCAUGUCAUUCACAUCUGAAAUUGGCUUCACAGUUGUUACAGGAAAGGAGUGGCCCCAUAACAAGAUUGGUAUAAAUGGUAAACUGCAAGCAAACUCUUUAUUUAAAUUAAAAGCCGGAAGGAGACUGUAUCUCAAGGAAGAAAGGACUACUGGAAGGUUCUCUUUGAAUCAAUCAAAUUCUGAGGAUUCUGUACUCGAGAAACUAUCUAGUAGAAAAUGGAGGAGAACAGUCCCCUUCAAGGAGUUUCCUUCAAGUCUGCCUGUGGCUAAGCUUAUUGCAGGUGACAAUGACUUGGCAAUGAGCCUGGAUGACCCAUUAGCUCAAAAUGUUGAUGCUGCAAGUCAAGUAAUUAAAGAAAUUCGUACCCAAGUGCCACCUGAAAUGUUUGAUUUGUCAAAGCUUGUUUGUGGAACAUACAUCGACUCAAGGAUGCUUGUCCUUCGAGGCGUAAACGGAUCAGCACUCUUAUUUACGCGUUAUUGCGCUAGUGAAAGUUGUAGAUAACAACUGUGUAGUUAGUUGUAAGUGCCAAUUGCAAUAAGAAAUGCACAAAAAUGUACUGAUUGUAGUGUUUACCAUUUGAUUGUAUAAUCCUAUUAAUUUUCCCAGUGCAUAUAUUUUUCUCUUCAUCAGUGUGCCCUUUGAACUAAGAGAACAGGCUCCUCGUAAUUAAGGACAUGUAUGGCUUGGCUGGAGUUUUAGCAAAUGAAAAAGUGUUUUUUAA